UUUGACCCUGACUUUUCGCUUAAGGUUUCAAAAAAUUGUGUAUUUAUUCUUCGAUUCUUAUUUUCCUACAGCUUGGACUUAAUGUCUACUUCUGGGAUUUAUAUUUUAUUUAUUUUACUUUUAUCUGACAAUGGAGAACUACUUACUGCUACUAAAAACGUCGAUAUAACAACGUGUGAUGGUAGUACAAAGUAUGGCUCCGUGAUUAUAGUAAAAUAUAGUAAAAUAAAAUCUCACUGUGAGUGUCAGAUAAAACCUCAUUUUGUUGGGGUUUUAAAAUUUGCUUCUAAUGUGAUUUCGUUUUCCUGUAACACGGAGAUAAACAUUUUUGAAAAUGACAAGCCGGAUGAAGUGUUAAGACUUGCGUGUGGUCCAAGGACUUCUGGCGGAUUCAAUGUAACCAAUGAAAGUGUCCUUUUUAUGACAUCUAAAUACGUCAAUUCGUCAGCUGGAACUUUUGAACAAGAGGUUACAAUAUUUGAGAAAAAAAGUUUCAAUGGCACAAUUUCUGUCACUUGUGGAGAUAAUUUCUCAACUUCAAUGACAACAACAAAAUGGACCACAAAUACUGAUGGUACAAAAAACAGAAUAACUACCAACACCGAUGUCUCCUUAAAAACAGAAGGAGGGGACCUCCAAAGCAAAGAUAAGACAAACUACACAGUAAAAUAUAUUAUAUUUGGUGUUGCUGGAACUGCUGUGAUUUUAUUAGCAGGCAUUUUUUCAUUAGCUGUUUGUCAUUUCAGACGGAAACAAUCAGUCCUGAGCACAACAUAUCUGAAAGAUGAAAUCAACUCUGAACAGAAAAAUGUAGACAUUUUUAAGGAACUCCCAGACAAUCCUCUUUAUCACUCAUAUCAGCCUGAAGACGUGGAAAAUCAGACUUAUGCUCAACCCAAUAAGAACAAAGAAAAGACCCAAAUAAAAGAAGUCCGCAAAUCUGUUACGCAAGCAAAAUCUGCUAAUGAAGAUGAUUGUGAUAUUGUUUAUGCCAAAGUGAAUAAAUAAUAGAGAUUACAUUUUAACUUGAAAAUGUGACUUGUAUCAAAAUUUAAAUAAUCAAUUUCAAAAUAUCACAAAACAUACAAUUUACAUGUACGAGGGUUGUCCCAGAAAAACGCGAAUUUUUUCAAUAUUUUUCGUUUCACUAAUGUUAUAAAGUUAAAACUUGGCAUGCACUAUAAUCAACAUUUUUUUACAUAAUUCACAGAAAUUUCAAUAAAAUAUCUCUAUAAAUAACAUUUCUCUCUCUGAUAAAUCAUUCAUUCAAAGUAGCUCCCGGCGCAACACCGACGACGUCAAAACGUAGCUCGUGGAGUUUUUGAAUUUGUUCAGAAAUGGUGCGUCUUUAAAAAUUCGUUCGUAGCAGAAAUUCGAUAAUGCAUUUGAUUUUUUUUUAGUUACCAAGUUAUCCAUUUCACGCGAACUACAGUUAAGAAUAAAUUAAGGAAUUAAUUCUUUUAAUAGACAAUUUUCCAACCCCGAUUAUAAAGUCAACUUCUCGCAUAGUUAACGACGGUCUCCACGUAUGACGUCCAGCUACAUGUAUAGACUUUUCAGUUUGUCGGCAUUUUUUUUUUUUUUUUUUUGGUCUACCAAACGCUUCUUCCAUCGGAUAACCAGUCCAUCCAUCUUUGAACCUCUUUUGCUAGGUAUAAACCAGUGUUCGACACAUGUAUUUGUAUUUGUAUCGUUUCCUCGUUCCCAGCUCUUUUGCCGUAUAAAAAGGAGUCAUACCUCGCUCCACACAGUAAUGAGUGAUAAUUUGUGUCUGUGCCAGUGUGUGAUGAACAGAAUACAC